AUGCCGUCCUCAUCACUCGUUCUGAGGCUCGGUGCCGUUCUCUCCGCUCUUUCCUCUACUGCUUUCUCUGCAAAGUACACACUCGAAGAUUCUUACACAGGUGCCAAUUUCUUGGACGGGUUCGAAUUCUUCACUGAACCGGAUCCCACCAAUGGCUUCGUUCGUUAUCUACCGAAAAAUACAGCAAUCAACUCAGGACUGGUUAGGACCAUUGGAAUGGAUACCUACCUGGGCGUGGACUUCACCACACCGUUGACCGUCAAUGGACCGGGACGGGCCAGUGUACGCGUGGAGACUUUGAAGAGGUAUCAGUUCGGUCUUUUCGUUUUGAAUCUCAAGCAUAUGCCUGCAUCGACCUGUGGCACCUGGCCUGCUUUCUGGAGCUUGGGAGAAGGCGAUGCUGGCAUGUGGCCCAAAAAUGGGGAAAUCGAUAUCAUCGAAGGCGUCAAUAGAAAUACGAACAACAAAUUUGUUCUUCACACUGACAAGAAUUGCAAGGUUGAUGGAACGGGUCACACCGGUAUCACAGGCCCAACGGACUGUUCUCUGGAAACCGGUGGAACCGCCGGUUGCGACGUGAACGCGGCAGAGUCGACCAGCUACGGUUCUGGCUUCAAUGCGGUUAAUGGUGGGGUAUACGCUAUGGAGUGGACCGCCGAGUCCAUCAAAAUGUGGUUCUUCCCCCGUGGUGCCAUCCCAGCCAGCAUCGUUGCCGAAGCGCCAGAUACAGCAGACUUUGGUACUCCAACAGCCAAUUUCGAGGGUGAUUGUGAUUUCGCCAACAAAUUCAUCCAGCAGAAGUUCAUCUUCAACACCGACUUCUGCGGUGACUGGGCCGGCUGGGUCUACGCUCAAUCUGGCUGCCCGCAGUAUCCUGGUCUCAACUCAAUGGACGCUUGCAAGCGUUUCGUCGCCCAGAACCCCAGUGCCUUCUCGCAGUCGUAUUGGCUCAUUAGCUACUUCAAGACCUUCAAGGCCGCCUCUGAAUCCACCUCCUCCACCUCGGCUUCCAGCACGCAGUCGUCUACGUCCACCUCGGCUUCUGAUUACACCGUCACGACCUCUGCUGCCUCCAGCACCGCCUCUGAAACCUCCACAUCAUCGAGCUCAGAGUCGUCGUCUACCAGCAGUGCAAGCUCCGACGUGAGCAGCACUACUUCAGACGCUAGCUCUAGCUCCAGCUCCAGCUCUGGCGUGAGCAGCACUGCUUCGGACGCCAGCUCCAGCUCCAGCUCCAGCUCCGUCGACGUGUCCUCGGUCACUUCGACCUAUGAGACCAGCUCUGCGACUUCUACCGCUGCCGAAUCCCACGAGACUUCAACAACGGCUGCGUACGACACCGGUUCCGCCACUUCUACUGCUGCCAAUGCCUACGAGACUACAUCCAGUGAUGCAGACCACUACGAAACGCAAUCGGCUUCAACCUCUUGCACGACUUCCACGGCUGCGUAUGACACCGCCUCCACGACUUCUACUGCUGUCAACGCCUACGAGACUUCGUCCAUUGAAGUAGAUAACCACGAAACGAACUCGGCCUCGACUUCCUGCACGACCUCAACGACGGCUGCAUAUGACACUAGCUCUACGGCUUCUACUGCUGCGGUCGCCUACGAGACUACAUCCAGUAACAUCAAGUAUCACGAAACUGACUCCUCGACUUCCUGCACGACCUCAACAACGGCGGCAUAUGACAACAGCUCUACGACUUCAACGGCUGCCGGUUCCUACGAGACUCCCUCCAGCGAUGAAGCUAACCACGAGUCCUAUUCUGCCUCGACAUCUUGCACAAGUUCAACAACACCCGCCUACGAAGUCAGCAGCUCGACUGAAGAUUACCCCGUGCCAACCUCCACUCUCCCUGCUUCCGGCAAUCCCACCUAUCCUGCAACGUCCGGCAAUUCCAACCCCUCAUACGUGACAAAAACGUAUACGACUACCUAUCUCGACGUCUGCUCAACCGGCUACACCACCAUCCACACCACCCACACAGCCAUCUACGAAGAAUCACCCGCCACCCCCACUCCCCAGGAGUACCCCGCAGGCUUCACAACGACAAUCAAAUACUGCCACAGCGGCUGCGCCCCUUACCCAACGAGCGUAACCGUCACCAUCCCCAUCGUCGAAACCGAGUACCCUUACACAACCGGGAACGCUCCCAAGCCUACUUCCGGAGCCCAGUACCCCGAAGCAGGCAAACCGUCCGUGGAUAAGAAUUACCACGUCGGUGUGCCCCCGGAGCUUCUGAACAACACCGCUGUCGUCGUGGUUCCGCACGUCGUUACGUUGUCCGUCGUCCCUGUGCCGGCGGCCGAGUACCACGCUUCGUCCGCUUCUGCACACGCUUCGGUUUCCAAGGCCGCGUAUCCCCUCGCAGGAGGCUAUCUGGCUCCCGCAUACCCCUCUCCCGCACCGCAAGGAACUGCUCCCGCCUAUCCCGCCGUUCAUCCUCAUCCCAGUGCCAACGCAACCGCGCCGUACGGAACCGCGCCGUAUGGGACGGGCGUGACGGGACCCACGAAGACGGGCUACCAGCCUCCAGCAGCAGAGUUCACGGGUGCGGCGGCCGGUCUCAAGGUGGGCGGUGUGUUGGGUGCGGUUGUUGCGGCGGGAAUUGCAAUGUUCGUGUAG